AUGAGGAGAUGCAUGCAUGUUUAUUCUAGUGGAUCGAUUGUUGCCACUCCCUUCAGCGCGAUUAUUUCCGACAAGCUUGGACGUCGCAAGUGCAUGUUUGUCGGUGGUUGGAUUAUCAUCAUCGGCUCAGUUAUUAUCUCGACAGCGAUGACUCUCGCUCAAUUCGUGGUUGGUUUCUACAACUGCGGCUGGUUCGGCGGGUCGAUCCCUGCGGCCGCAGUCACGUAUGGCACCAACUUUAUCAACAACAACUACCAGUGGCGCAUCCCCUUUAUUUGCCAGUGCUUUGCUUGUGUCAUUGUAGCUUCCUCUGUGUGGUUCAUCCCCGAAUCACCCCGCUGGCUUAUUGCCCAGGGGCGUGACGACGAAGCCAUUGCGUUCCUAGUCAAGUACCAUGGCAACGGUGACGCGAAUGCCCGGCUGGUCCGGCCGGAGGUUGAAGAGAUGAAGGAAGGUAUUCGAGUUGACGGGAUUGACAAGAGAUGGUGGGACUACCGACCUUUUAUCACAACCCACAGCGGCCGGUGGCGCUUCUUGCAGGUCAUGAUGAUUUCCGUUUUUGGCCAGUGGUCGGGCAACGGUCUGGGGUACUUCAACGCCGCGAUCUACAAGACCAUCGGCUACGAAUCUAGCUCGACGCUGCUGCUUCUCAACCUUAUUAACUCCAUUGUGUCGGCUAUUGGAGCAUUGACUGCUGUGCACUUUACCGACCGGGUGCCACGCCGACCGGUUCUUGUUUGGGGGACCCUUGCCUGUGCUAUCACCAUGGCCAUCAACGCAGCCAUCUGCUUGCCAAUCGCCCAAACGGGCACAAUUGGCAAAACCAAAGGCCAAGCCGCACUGGCCUUUUACUAUCUCUUCAAUGUUGUUUUCUCUUUCACCUACACGCCACUGCAGGGCGUGAUCCCGGCCGAGGCAUUGGAGACAACCACUCGCGCAAAGGGCCUGGCACUCUCGGGGUUCAUGGUCAGCGGCAUUAGUUCUAUCAGCCAAUAUGCGUCUCCAAUUGGGUUGGGGAACAUCUCCACAGAUUCCUUCUGGAUCUUUGUUAGAUGGGAUGUGGUCGAGUCGGUUUGUUGGUGGUUCUUCUGUGUUGAAUCUCAGGGUCGUACGCUUGAGGAGUUGGAAUGGGUGUAUCAGCAGCCUAACCCUGUCAAGGCAUCCAAGAACGUGGAUAAGGUUGUUGUGCAGCAGGAUGGCACAGUCACCGAGAAGAUCGACCCGGAUGCUUGA